AUGCCCGGUCGCCCUGCACCCCUCGCCUUGCCAACCUCAUACGCAGACCUUGGCCUCCAGCAGCUCAAGGUCUCCAACCACCCCGCCAACGCGCCAGGCGUGACCCCCAUCCAGAUCGUCACCCUCUACCGUCCCAACAACCACAAUGCGUUCACCAUGGUCAUGAGGACCGAGAUGGAGGACCUCUGGGGCAUGUUUGAUGUGGAUGACCGUGUCAAGGUCAUCAUCUGCACGGGUCAUGGCCGCAUGUUCUGUGCUGGCGCCGACCUCGACACUGGAUUCCACCAGACCGGCGAGACUGUCAAUGAUCACCGUGACGGCGGCGGCCGUGUCGCCAUGGCCAUUCACAGGUGCCGCAAGCCCACCAUUGGCGCUCUUAAUGGAUCCGCUGUGGGCAUCGGAAUCACCAUGACGCUUCCCAUGGCGAUCCGCAUCGCGUACAAGGACGCCAAGAUUGGCUUUGUGUUCGCCCGUCGCGGCCUUGUGAUGGAGGCCGCAUCGUCCUUCUUCCUCCCCAAGCUCAUCGGCAACGCCAAGACGAUGCAUCUCAUCACCACCGGCAGCGUGUACCGGGCCAGCGACAAGCUGUACGAGGGUCUGUUCACCGAGACCCUGGAGCGCGCCGACGACGUGCUUCCCCGCGCCAUCGAGCUCGCUUCUGAGAUUGCCGACAACUGCUCCAAUGUGUCUUGGGCACUCAUGCGUGACCUCAUCUGGCGCCCCACAAACUCGGCCGAGGAGCAGCACCUCCUCGAUUCGCGCAUCAUCUACCACAUGUUUAGCACGGCCGACAACAAAGAGGGCGUCAAGUCGUUCAUGGAGAAGCGCCAGGUCAACUUUAAGGGCACCCUCGAGACUGACGCGCCCUCGGCGUAUCCAUGGUGGACCCCCAUAGACAUUACACCGCGUGCGGCUGGCAGGCUUCCGGGUGGAGCAAAACUGUAG